AUGACGGCAUUGAGUAAUUCAGGCCGGAAUGCGGUUGAUGUGUAUCCGAGUGUCGCCAAGAAAGCGACUCCUACUCAGUUGUUGGAAGUGCCCCCAAAGAUCAAAUACUCCGAGAACAGGUACGAUGGUUGCAUUCCCAUGUUGGCGCAGGAUCUAGAUGGGACUCCGAAUCCACCCACCCCUCCAGAUGCCGCUCCGGCGCUGCAGCCGCGGAAAGGCAAGGUGGCGGAAUUGAAGAAGGCUUUCGAACGAGGUCUUUCCGAUCUCGUGCGAAGACGGCAUGUUACAAAACCUAGCGACAGCCCUCCAGCCCCCCGGCCAGGUGCGAAGCAUCUACAGCAGCAUUCAAGCCAUCCAGUGGCAGCAUUGGACACUAGCUCCCCAGAGGACAGUCUGUCAAGAGCUUCCGUAUUCUGCUCACCACUCUCGAAGCGUCGUCGUGAACCAAACGGUCCCCCCAGCCCCAUCAAGGACAGGAUCAGUAUUUUCGAGGGCCUAGUGAAGCCCGGCUCAUUUCCGCCAUCUGGUACAGGCUUCAGGCCAGAUGAUUGUAACGUCGAAUUGAACAAGGGUUCGAUCAGCAAUGGCGGAAUGGUCCUGGAGGGCGCACCUCAUGAACCAAUGUCUCGCCUGCCAAGUAGGUUCCGAGGUGGUGCGGCCAGGAGAAGUUCUCAUAGGCACGUCGGAAAGGAAAAGGGGACUUUGAGGAAGGCCCCUAAAAUGGCCAGCUCGCACAAGCUUGUCCCAGAAAUAGGCGCGGUGGCCAGGGACUCCUUGGAACAGCUAAAUCCAGUGCGACGAGAUUCCGGUCCUAGCAGCAUGCAGCGGAUCGAUGAAACCGACUCACCGAGGUUCUUCAAAAGGGUCUCAUCGACUUUGAAGCAUGGGCAAAGGACCUCACAGCAACAACCCACAAGUUCAAGGAGCUCAAGGGUGUCCGGCGGUGUCGAGAAGGAGAAAGCUCGAAAUCAUUCCGCCGUAUCCCAGUCGACAUCCAAGAGCCAAGAGGUUAGUCACACCAAGCAAAGACAGGUGCUAGCGGCAGACUCAUUGCGGAAGCGAUUGGAGUCGGACUUGCGUUUUGCCAGUGGGCCGGACGCGAAUGGCCACGAAGACGUUCAGGCUGCCUCCAAUAGGACCCCCCCAAGCAUCUAUACGCGGCGCAAAACAACUCUUUGGGAUAUUGAAAAUCCCUUCGACGUGCCGAAGGCCAAGGAGCGGAGCAAAUCAGAAGCAACAGGCGACAGACUUGCUGGGCUCACAAAGAGGCACGACUUGUCAUUUUGCCAGGCCAUCCCGGGCCAGAAAGCAACAACCUCUCGAUAUACUCAGCCAAUCGAGCAGCCUGAAUCAGGAAGCGAAAGCCCAGCACGCGAGUCCUCCAGCGCAGUGACGCAGACGGAGGAUAGUGAUAGCAGUGGCUUUAUGGUUGUGGCCAACGCCCAAUGCGAGUUGACGCACCCGAUGCCGUCGAGAUCGAGAGAACAGACUAUGAUCAAGGUUCUUUGCAAGGGCGGUCCUGAGCCACUUGAGAAGGGCAGCAGGGGUCAGCAUAGCACGGGUAGUGUCAGUGAGGGAAGUACCUCCAGCUUUCAUACGGCACCUCUUGGCACAGAGGUUUCUUAA